UCACACAACUUCAGCUUUGUGUGGGCACACGAAACCGUCUGCAUGUAGUUGCCUGGGGUUCAUCCGAGAGAAUGGCGACUGAGGCAAGGAGAAACCUUGCGCUGCUGUUCGGAGACUCAUUUUCUCAUGAAGAGGAAGACGGCGGCAAGGAGGAACUCCACCUAGAUUUGGUGCGCUUUCCUCAGCCAGUUUGUAUUCGUGAAGUUCGUAUAGUACCAUCUGGAUGUCGGUAUCAUCCCCAGCUGCCCGAUCGCCGUGGACAAACCAAGCCGCUGUCUUUCAAGCUGGACAUGUUCUUGCGUAACCUCCGGCAGCCAGACGAGGCUGUGUUCGAGCGUCUUGCCACCAUGGACUACUCGGAGACUGAUUUUGUAUAUGUACCACGACUCAAGAUUGUCACCGACAUGUUCAUCGUCAAAGGAUGGUACAGCUGUCUAACUCUGUGUCUGUAUGGGCACGUAAUCGGCCGCGAUCCGUCCGCAACCUCUCCCGGCGUCAGCGACCCCCAGGGAAAGAGCACGAUGUCGGAAGAUCCUCUGAAGCACGCGGCUAGGCUGGAGGGCCGGCCUGAGAGUAUGCCGGAGGUACACGCACAUCCUCCUGCUCUGGGUCCGCGCCGAGGCAGCGCACUGCUGCCCGCUCCAGACCGUCCCCCUGCCGUUCAUCCUCACUCAGCACGGCGCAGCCAUCCACAAGAGCCUCAGCAGCAACAACAGCAACAGCAGCAACAACAACAGCAGCAGCGUCAGCAGCAAGAGCAACAACAGCGGCGGCAACAGCAGCAAGAGCAGCAACAGCGACGGCAGCAACAGCAGCAGCAGCAGCACAUACAGCAGCGUGCCGAGCAUCGGAUUCCUCCUUCGAUGCAGCAGCAGCUACAACAGCAACAGCAGCUUGCUCGUCCUGAUCAGCACCCGCCUGUUGUCGGUCAUCAUGAACAACGACACUCUGCACCUAUACUGGAGCAGUUGAGCCAAGCACUGCGCGGCUCAGCCCCGGCAGACCGAGGCAUGCCCUUGCGCCCCGAGCCGCAUCACCGCACUAGACCCUCCGUUCCCCCUUUGAUGCCCACGCCCGUGACCAGCCAGACGUCGUCCAGUUUCGAGCACCGUCGACACGAGGUGGCACAGGCCGGUGGUCGCCACGUGGCACCUCCCGGGCUACCCGCAUCACUGCCUAAUCGUGUUGUGACGCCUGCAGCUGCCCUCUCGGCGCAACAGCAGGCGCCGCCGGCAAAGCUUGAGAAAGACGCGGGCAGAAAACCAGACCUGCAAAUUCCGGCAGUCAAAGACCUGAAGGUAACCGUGCGAGGUCGGUCUCCGGAUCCGGGCGGCAAGGUGAUGACGAAUUUUACUCGAACGAUAGUGAACGCUGCCGGCCCUGUCAAGGAUGAACCAGCUGCAGCUGUUGUGCCUGAUGCACCAGUGACGGUUGUUGAUGAAGCCAGUGUGGAUGCUGUAGAUGCCGAGAGCAUGUUUGAUGAGAUGGACGACGAUGUGAUCGGCUUGGGAGACGACGGUGACCUGGUUGCCGACCAUCACAUUGAUCUCGAGCUGUUCGGAGAGGACGUGACAUGGAUGUCGCUGCCGAUUGGCUUCAAUCCCUACGACGACAUCGACGUGAUUCCGCUAGCGGCGCUCCAGCCGUGUCAUCGUACGCCACACGAAAAGCGUUUGAUGGAGCUGAAGGCCCGGUCUUCCGACGAGGUCUCUGCAGCUUCGCCGGACUCUGCUGCGCAGCUGAAAAAUCUUGUUCAUCAAAUGCAGGCGUUGGAUGAUGCCACCCAGUGGCUGAUUCUCCUGGAGAAGAUACCGCUGUUGUGUGAACAGUCCUUAGCUGAUGUUGUGCACUCAGAUCAUACAUCUCCAGUGCUGAGCUCUUUGGUCACCUUCACGAUGCAUGCGUUGGACUGGCACUCCGCCUCAUCUCUGCCACUGGCGGCGAACAUUCGCCAGCUGAAGGCCGGCAUUCGCCUGUUCGUGUGCUUGGUGGAGUGCGGUGGCAACGUCAGCGAGGCCGUCAUCGACGCAGGCGCCCUGGAGGCCAUGUGCAAGCUGCUCACCGUCGACUGUCUCGUCUCGUCCACCAAGGUGCUGGUGCUGCGCGCCGUCGACGCCGCCAUUGACUUCCCCGUCGGCAUGGAGCACUUCCUCAGCUGGCAUCACACGGCCGCCGGCCAGGGCAGCGAUAGCGGCACGGGCAGUGGUCAGGCGGCGCGGCAGGACAACUGCUACCGGGCGCUGAUUGCGUUCCUGCUCGGCGGACACACGGUGCGCGUGAUGCAGUGCUGCCGCGUGCUCCUCAAGAAGGUGCACACGUACGAGCUUCUGGCGCGCCUGCAGGAGCGCGUCGACCUGGUGGCGGCUUCGGCCAGUGCGCUUAAGGUACCACUGGAAGGCCGUGGCGACGACGAUGAGGCUGUCGACAACGGUGGUGAUGGCGGCAUGGACUGGCAGGAACGUGGACAGCGAGACCGGCAGCAGGCGGCGCGAUUGCUUGACGGGCCGGGCGCUGGGGACGAUGCAGAGCCGAUGGACACCGGCGAGCCCUUAAGCUCAGCCCGAGCUAAGCCAAAGCAGCCAGGAUCAGGUGCUUCUAGUCACAGAACUAAGACUGAACUGGAACAAUCAUCAUCUAGUUCUCCAUCUGUUGGCUGGGAGUCUGACAGAGGUCAAAGGAAGGCUUCCUCAGCAGAAGAUGGCAAUGAGGAGGAAACUGCCGAGCUUGCACUGAAUGAAGACAUGGCUCUGGAGCUGGCCAACUUUGCAGUUAUGGCGCUCGGCAAGCUUCUGGCAACGCUGCGUACGGCUGACAAUGAGCUGGUCCAGCUGCCGCCGAAGGUUUGCCCCACGAAGUGUCGCCUUGUGGACUUCAAUCCCCGGAGCCCGUGGCCCGGAUUGCUUCGCUGGUGCAGCUCCAGGCGGCUUCUGGAUAUCCUUCUCGUCAUGUUGUCGAGUCCACAGCUCUCCUCACACGCGGAGAUAUUCGCUCUGAUACGCGAUAUCUUGCUGUGCCUCGUCGAGGCAGAGUCUGGAAUCUUCUAUUUGGCGGAUAACCACACGACGUCGAACGAGAUCAUUCGUAUUCUUACACAAGCCAGUGACAGUGACACUCAUGUCAGUCGUCUUUUCAGCCUCCAGGAUGUUCUGCACAAUCCAGAGUCGUGUACAGCGCAGAACCUGGGAAUGCUGUUGCUGUACCACUUGCAGGCACUGAAGGCUAUUGAUGUGCUGGCAAGCAAGGUUGCAGGAGGGAGCUCCCCGGGCCCGGACACACUGGCCGCACUUCACCAGCUGUACACCAUCAUGCUUACGCCGAUCGGGAAAUUCGCCUGUGCUCACGUGGCAACCCAAGGAGAUAACCUGUCCAAGCUACUGCCGUACGGCAAGCCAACACAACCAGGGGCUGAUGGCAAGAAUAACAAUCCUGACGGCGGCGGCGUUGCUACUGGCAACAAGGGCAAGGACGGCAAGUCCAGCAGCUCUGUGGCCAGCGGCUAUGUGCGUCAGUUGCUGGUCAUGAUUCUGCAGACAAGCGACCAUAAGAAGUAUUUACGGGACAAUGGCAAGGAUCUGCUGGAGGUUGCGGAUACAGCGGGUCGCCUUCAGGAUGAUUUGAAAGCAUGGCUAGAGCCAGUUCGGUGUCUUCAAGAUCCAGCAGCUGACCAUAUCACUGCGCUAGUCAAUCUCGUACAGAGCUCUGUGAAUGACCUGACGUCAGUACACCUGUCCAGCUUGCCCACGAUCAUCAGCGCAUUGCGUUUGCUACAGCACCUGUGCUGUCCACCAGCGAAUGCUAGUGCAGAUGCGAAAGGCGAGCUGUGCUGGAAGUCCAGUUCUUUGUCUCUGCUGUCGGCCAAUGCGGUUGAUGUGUUCAUCACUACUUGUCAGAAACUCUGCGCCAUCCAGGAGCCACUCUGGCUGCAGGGUCACCUUCUGUCACAUCCGUCCUACUCGCACUUCCUCAGUGCUGCGUGUGCCCUGCUGACUGUGUUGUUGGAGCUUGUACGGCAACUGGGCACCACACAAACCAUACUGUUUUCAGAUGUGCGCGUGGUCAAUGUCAUUGUUCAGCUGCACUCCAUCAUGUGCUGUGCUCAGCCAGCCUUGCUGUGUACCGCUGCCCAGCAGGUUCAGGUUUCGGUGGUUCAGAUCUUGACCACCUUCACCAAGCUGCCUACAGCAGGCAGCACAGCAGCAUCAGCACCAGACAGAAGUCCAUGGUACAUGAUGCUGGAUGCGUUGCUAAAGUUCACGGAAAAGUCCCCUCAGAACAUCAUUGGUGGUCUGGUGUUGCUGUCGGAGCUGCUGCCUCUUCCCCUGCCUAUUUCGGGUGCCAGUCAAUCGGUUGUGGAGGAAAUUCUGACUCGGCGGCAGCUCUGGAGUGCACAGCUUGGCCUGCACUCGAUGCGACUGCGACAGCUGAUUUCUAAACUGUCUGAUACGAGUUGCGGUGCCCUGGCACAACAGCUUCGACGUGUGUCCUGCCAGCUAGCGGAUAUCGACAGCAGCAUGGCACUGGUAGUGGUACGGCCAUUGCUGGAAGUUCUUCUGCCGCCAAGCCCAUCUACCGGAAACUGGCAACCCAGCAGCCGUGUGCUAACACCGCUGGCAUCUCUCCUCUCUCAGCCGAGCAUCAAAGCGGCUGCCUUGUACGCACUGCGUGUUGAUGAGACGUCGUCAGCGAUCAUCAACUCACUCAUCACCCAGUUCAGUGAUGCGUCAUCGUCAUCCACUAACAGCGAUGUCAGCCAGUUGGCAGUGUCCAUCUUGCAGGCGUUGCUUGACCCGCUAACACUGACCAGCAAUACCACUGGCAAGCUUAGCUUACAACAGCUUGCGAAUAGCUUGCCACCACUGGACAUUGCAGUGCAGAUCCUCAACCGUCUGCAGGAGCAUCUGGCCACGGCGCAUGCAUCCUAUGCCACCAUCCUGUCCGUCCUACGGUUGCACACGAUGUGGGUACAGCAUGAGCCCCUUCUGGCCAUUCUCUACAGCUGCUCCGAAUCCCUACGAACUGCUUUGAUGGCGGUACUGCAGAGGUUGAGCUCAGCGUUCAGAGAGGGCUCGUCGCCAACGUCCGACGAGAUGUCCACGCUGAGCACCGUGCUGGAACUGCUUCACAUGCUCAGUAGCGGUAGCGACAGCUUCGGCAGCACCGCGGCCGCUGUCAUGGCCGACGAGGUAGCAACCACCACUGGUGGUGCAGCCACUGUCACAGCCAACAACGUUAGUAGCGACAGCAGUAGCGCUGGUAACGCCGAAGCAGCGCGCCUGCAUCGCCUCCUGGAGUGGGGCAAGAGCACGGAACACCCACUGCAUCGCCUCGCUACUGCACUGUCUGGUAGCAGCCAGGAGGAGGAGGAUGGGUUUGGUGCCUUCUUGGAAGCUCUGCAGGUGGUCAUACAGCGCCUGGAUCAGGUUACAGCCGAGCAUGUAGCUGCUUUGCCAGCAGAGCUUAGUCGGAGUGCCAUUCAUCUGCCCGCUAGUCAGUCUCUUCUGGACAUCUUCAGAGAAUGUGCGGUGCUGUCAUCAGUCAGCCAGCAUGAUGACAAUAGUCAAUACUUGGACUUGUGGCUGCAUCCUCCACUGUCCGAAGAAGCUGACACUGAGCCAGACUGGGUGGAGCUAAACCUGCUGGAGUUGGUUGAGCGCUACUGUGCUGAUUGGUCCCUGCAAGAAGAAGUCAAGAACUGCUUGGCGUCAACACCGGCUGACUCAGCAGAGGCAGCCAAGCGAACCAGGGCCAUGAAGAGGAAGUUCGACCCGCUUAUCUCCCGGAUGCGAAACCGCACACAGCCAGUUCCUCUGAGGGGACGUGGUCGCAUGCUGACGCAGCGGCUGCAGCGCUCCGACAUGUACCGCGGCCGCAAGCAGAACAGCAGCCGCGCGCCGAGCAUGCAUGUGGACGACUUCAUGGUAUUGGAAGGCGACGUGCUGCCGUCAUCCUCCAUGCAACGCCCACCGGGCGGAGGUGGUCGAGGAGGGGGCGGACCCCCAGUGGGCCGAGGUGGUGGUCGUGGUGUGAGGCACGGUGACUUCGGCGGCGGUCAGUUUGGUGGUGUACACGCCGGCGGCGGCCCGAUGCCCCACCACCCUCCGUGGGGACACCAGGGCCAGCAGCGGCUCAACCCCAGGUUCAACAACCGAGACAUGCGACAGCAGCAGCAGCUGCCCAUGGAUGGUGGCGGGCCACCAGGUCCGGCCGGUCGCAUCACGCAGGAGUUGCAGCGCAUCCUCAACAACCUGCCGUCCACGCCGGGCGUUGGCGGAAGGUGGCCGGGUGAUGGCGGCGGAGGCGGUCAUAUGCCCAUUGCUAGCCCAUGGCAGACUGUCAACCGGCAAUCACGUUACCCUCAGCGCGGCUGGGCCGGUGAUCAUCCAGGUGGCGGUCCGCCUCCCAUGGGGCCAAGGCGCCAGGAGUGGCUGGGGCACGGAAGGCGGCUAUCCGUGGACGGUGGUGGAGGCGGUGGUGGUGGCGGCUAUAUUGGCAUGCCUCGCUCCGAUCGUGGUCAUCCAGCCAUGCUUCCUCCUCGCCAUGACUCUCGCCAUCAGAGAACAUUUACAAGAUAGUGUCUUACUUCUAGUCUUUGCCAGCUCCAAACUUAUCCACUGUAUUCAGAAUACAUAUGCACUGGUUUCGAAAUACAUCUCCUCUGUGUUCAGAAUACAUCUUCUCCGUGUUCGGAAUACAUCUCCACUACGUUCAGAAUCCAUAGCCUCUGUGUUCGGAAUACAUCUCCUCCAUGUUCAGAAUACAUCUCAUCCGUGUUCAGAAUACAUCUCAUCCGUGUACGGACUACAUGUACAUGUACAUAGCCUCCGUGUUCGGAAUGCAUCGCCUCUGUGUUCGGAAUACACCUUGAUCUUCCGAUGAAUACGGGCAUAGGACGGCUGUGUGCUGCUGUAACAUUCGUGUACAUGUAUAUGUAUGCUGACGUCGCUAUAUUCAAUUUAUAUUUUUCUGUUCUUAGUUCCGGCCUGUGCCCUGGCGGCUCAGGCCCUUUGUUAAAGUUUGUUUACCCGUGACCUGUCCGUUCUUAGGUGGUUGGGCAUGCGGGCUUUCCUUGCGGCUCUGUAUGUAAGGUAGAUGUUUUUGUCUGCAGUUGUUGCUGCUGCUGCUGGGGACCUGAGUGUCGUUGUGCCGGUGGCGAUGGUGGUGGUGAGCGUUGUGGGCAAGCGGUAUGUGUGUGUGUGUGUGUGUGUGUGUGUGUGUGGUGUGUGUGUGUGUGUGUGUGUGUGUGUGUGUGGCGUGUGUGUGUGUGUGGUGUGUGUGUGUGAAAGUAUUUGAUUUUCCACGCACGUUUUUUGUGCGUUUGCGAUAACUUGCUAGUCCUGGCUGCGGCCUGAAUGUGUCCCCUAUUUCGCUGCCCUACAUGUACACGCAUGCAGCCUUUCUCUACUCGUCCAUAGUAUGUCUUUUUAGCUAUUUUCCGGGUUUUUUUCUUCAUCUUUGCUGUAGCAGCUGGUGACAAGCUCACCGUAUUACGUGAAUGCAUCAGUCAUGCCUUCUAAGUUCUAUCAAUUCACAGUGUUUAUGUCUUUGCCAAUUGUGUUUGUUUGUAGCUCUUGCCCCCCCCCCCCCCCCACACACACCUGUGUUCACCAUCUUUGUCCACCAUCUUUGUUCUGUUCUGGUAACCAUGGUGACUUAUGCCUAGGCUAGGCUAUUCUUGUGCUGAACUCACAGCAUACAUAACAUGCAUUUGCCCUGGCUUGCCAUCAACACAAUGUCCGGUGAGGAUUUUGACAUCAUUUUAUUUGUUUGAGUUUGAUUUCAUGGACAGAUCGUGUAACAUGAAGGAAUUAUUGUGGUCAGACACGCUUGUUCAUGAGAACUGCUGCAUUCAA